CAUUCAGUCAUUCACCAACGUUGUGCUGUGCCUGGUUCGUGCGUUCAAUGGUCCAAUUCGAUAUCGUAUUACAAUUACAGUUAAUUGAAAUACGCCGUGCCAGAUGGAAGAAAAUAUUAACGAAAAUGACGCUCAGUUCAAGAGUCCUUUGGAAGCUGGGUGCCACCAGCCUCAAGAUAACUGCAUGCUGCUCACUACUAGCCCAAGUGCGCCAAAAUUUCAGGACAUGGUACCAUGUAUCGCCAAAUCGCUGGAUGAUUUUUAUUACAAAUUUAUUCUGAAUGACUUCAUGAUCGACCCCAUGUGGAGUUGUGGUUCAGGAAAUCCUGUCUAUGAGAAAGGCACCCUGAACAAUCCACCCAUUCCUGAAGUGGAAGAACUCAUGCAGAGUUCUGCUUCUAGUAGCACUAUGGAGAAAGAACAUGACAUCCUCCACAACACUUUACCGAUGGAACAGCUCUUUCCAGAUAUCAUCUCCCAAAUGUGUUCUACUUCAAGGAGUGCUGAUGUCAGUGGUGUGUUUGGGCACAUUGCAAGUCAGGAAACAGUCUGUUCAAAUGUUGCUAUUAUCGAUGAUAAGGAUGGUGGAUUGGACGUGGAGUCAUCACCGGCCACUGAAAAUACUGAAGACACAGCAAUUCUCUUUCCAGAUAUCAUCCCCCAAAUGUGUUCUACUUCAAGGAGUGCUGAUGUCAGUGGUGUGUUUGGGCACAUUGCAAGUCAGGAAACAGUCUGUUCAAAUGUUGCUAUUAUCGAUGGUGGAUUGGACAUGGAGUCAUCACCAGCCACUGAAAAUACUGAAGACACAGCAAUUGAUGGUGGAAUAUUGGACAUGGAGUCAUCACCAGCCACUGAAAAUACUGAAGACACAGCAAUUGAUGGUGGAUUGGACAUGGAGUCAUCACCAGCCACUGAAAAUACUGAAGACACAGCAAUUGUAAGUUUACCUAAACAUAUAUCUACUGUUGUUGAGUCAAUAUACUAA